AUGUCGUCCGCCCGGGCCGCACAGCUGGUGCAUGCUUCGUGCUGCGGUUUUGCGGGUCCGUGGCCACGGCAGAAGGCACAUGAUGAGGCGGCGGUCGAGGCCCUCUGUGAAAGAGGGCUAAGAAACGUCUUGAUCGAAUAUGGGAUUCUAGGUGGCGUCCGGGGUCGCCAGAUCGGAAUCUCCUGGCGAAUCAACGGGCGCGAUGGGGGCGAUUGGGGCGCCCAGCAGCGGGGCGUUCCCACCAGCCAGAAAUCCAGGGUCCUCUGCUGCGCGUGGAAGGUGCAAGCGGCCACCAGUCCCCUGGACGGCAGGCACAUCUGCCAUCACCAUUACCAAUCGCCCAUCAUCACUGCCUCGCCUAGGCCUUUGCUUCUGAUGAUUGGCUCAGUCCAUGGCCAUGACAGUGCCACGGCCAUCGACAUGCGGAGUGUGAUCUCUUCAGAUCUGUCGCGCGCCGAAUGCCCUUUCCUAUCGACCCGGAAAACGCACCUGCCCACAGUCAUCCUGCUCGGGGCAGCCAAGAACAUCAGAACAUGA